CUUCCAAAAUAUGGGCAACUGCUGUACAACCGACAUUCCUUCACUAAAACAAAAUGACACUGACAUCCAACUCCCCAAAAGACCCCCCUCCACCAAAGACUUUAAAUCCAAAUCUACACUCUGCACAACCCUAAGCCACCCUCCUCCAGACCCUUCCAAAUCACCAUCAAAAACCCACACAAAAGACCCAACUACAAUCACAAAAAGCAUGACCGCUCCUCUCUCCGAAGUAGAAGACUUCGAAGGUUGGAAGAGACAAGACCUCAUUGGCUUUGACCCAGACACCCCACUGCACAUCUUCGAAGGAAGAACAACAGUCAAUUCCUCCGAAGAGUUCUACAAACAAAGAUUUGUCAGCAAGACAGUGUACUCUAAAAGAGAGGGUACAGCCAAACUGGAUUUACAAGAGACCUAUGGGUUAAGUAGGAUUAGUGAGGUAGAACUUGAAGCGUCAGAGGAGAGACUGAGGGAUUUUGAGGAAGAGAAAUUGGAUGUGGAUGUGGGUGUUAAGGAUGUAUGGAGGAAGAUAGUAGGAAAAGCAGUGAUUCGGAGACUGACGGAUAGAGAAGCCAUAUCCAAAAAGAGACUAUUCCAUUCAAAAACAGCUCAAUCCAACGACAGAGAUUCCAUUAAGAGCUUAGAAACUCCCAAAACAAUUCCAGGGACUCCGUUACAACAAAUUUCCCAAUUCUGCUCUUCAGCUUACAAGAGGUUGUCUCAUUAUAAAUACAACGGACUCUCACUCAAUUUCAAUUUGAAUUUCCAGAACCAGCAGAUCACAUUUCAGACUGCAAAUCCAGGCCAAGAGCAAGUUUGAGUGAGCCUAAAGGAUUUGGAGCAACUCCAAGAGCCCUCAGGAGUGGAGAAGCAUAUCCUAGAGACUCUUAAAGCUUUGAAACAGGUUAUGGAAUCACUGAAAAAUAUCCCAAACCUGCCUAAACAAGAAGAAAAAGUCAUUGUCGAGAGAAAACAUAACUCUAAAAUUAAUAUCACACAAGGAAAUUUUGAGAGUCUUGAGUCCAUGGAAAAUGACUCUCACCUCUUUAGCUCCUCAGAUGAUGACAAUGACACUCAAAAGGAAGAAAAUAAGAUGCCAGUGGUCAGAGAAGUCGUUUCGUUAGAUGAGUUUACCCACACAAGUCCUGAUAUUGAACAAUUCAUCACAGAUGAUGAAAUCAAUGUGUUGAACAAUGAGUUUCCAGAGAUUGAAGAAAUCUUGAAAAUUGUACUUGAAGAAUACCAGAGCAAGAUAGGUUCAUCGAUCCCCAAAGUUGAUUCAAGUCAGUUGUUGGAAAAAUUGAAUAAUCUUGGGAAAACAGCAGAGAUCCAGAAAGAGAAGCUUAGACUUGCCAAGAGAGCUCUCAAUGUCAAAACUCUUCAGAUUGAAAAGCUAACAAGCGAGAACAGCUUUGUUCCUCUGGAUAUGGCUGGCUCUCGGCUUCACCUUGCUUUCAUGUUUUCUUCUCCUCUGAUCCGUAAGUUUAACGGAAAAACAGAAAAUGUCAUGCAGCUAGACUGCCAAUCUGAAAUCGAUGGUAUCAUCAAAGUUUGUAGUGAAAUGAGGUACGAAAUGAAGUAUAAGUCAGUUGUGGCAACUCCGAGCAAUUUAAGAAAUGUGCUCACAGAUCGACCCGUCGCCUUACAUUUCUCAGGCCAUGGCAUCGACAAUACACCUGAAUACAUGGGGCUCAGAUAUCGAAGUGGGAAAGAUAAAGGAAAUAUCCUCCUUUUUGAAGAUGAAAACUCUAUGGUUUAUCAUCUGUUUGAACAAGAUCUCAAAGAUUUGAUCAAGACAACACAAACCCAACUUGAAGUAGUAGUGGUUGCUUCUUGUCAAUCCCAAUUCGCAGGUGAGGUAUUUCUAAAUGCUGGAGCAAAACAUGUAGUCUGCAUUAUGCAAGGCCAGAAGAUUGGUGAUAAAUCAUGUUUGCUUUUCUCAAAAGUGUUUUACCAGACACUCUUUGUAAAGAAUUACAAUGUAUGCACUUCAUUCCAGAUUGCUAAAGACGAAGUAAAGAAGGUCAUUAAAGAGGCUGAAGCAAACAAAUUUAUAUUGCUAAUUCAAGAUCAAGAUGGUGAUGAUGAUAUGUAUUCUUGCUGCCAAACCUCCCAUGUUUGCCAAGCGAUCACCAACAUUAAGCCAGGAGAUUUACUCAAUCUUAGCCCAGAACCAAGUAUUCUGUCCAUCCCUUCAAAGCCAGAUUUCUUCUUUGGUCGUCAACAAGAAAUGUAUGACAUCAUUGGUUAUCUUAGUACUCAUAGACUUGUGUCUAUCAUUGGGCCUCCUGGUAUGGGAAAGACUACACUAGCAAUGAAUCUUGUUCACUAUCUUAAAGAAAGACAAAAAUUUCCAGAUGGAAUGGUGUAUAUUAACUUGCAUGGCUGUGAAUCAGCACAAAUGUUCUUGUCAAAACUCAGUCUUAAAAUUAGAACUCAAUGCAAAUCUAUUCUUGAAGAGUAUAAAACCAGAGAUCCAAGCAUUGAUGACAACAUAUUUGUGCAAGGGUUCCUCAAAAACAAGCAAAUCUUGGUAAUUCUUGAUAACUGAGAAGACCCACUCGAAUCAGACAGAACAAAUUUUGUUAACGAAGUUGAUCUCAUCAUUGACACUUGCAGUGAAGUUAAGAUCUUGGUUACAUCAAGGAUCUCACUAGGUCUUAAUUCAAGAAGCACAGAGAAGUCAUUAUAUCUAGAAGGUCUGACUCCAGAAGCUUCAAUACUCUGCUUAAUGAAUAAAUCUCCAAGAGAGAUCACAAACGAUGAGAUAAAGUCUCUUCUACAAUCAAGCCGUUCCUCAACAGGUAUGGUUAAAAGCCUGAGUACUCAUCCAUUGCUCAUUUUACUUGGAGGGAACCCUCAGAACUUAUCAAUGACAGCAUCUCUCUUAAGAACUAAUUCUCUUGAAGCAGUCUACAAAGUAUUUAAAUAGUAUAAAUUCGACAGAAACGCCAAUGUUUAAAGGGAUUUAUUCUGAAUCACAAGAUAGGAACAGCUUAGCUAGCAGUGAGAGCAACUCUAAUUUCCAAAUGAUUACCUUUGAUGUAGCCAUCGAAAGUCUCCAAGAAACUGCACCCAAAGCUGUUGAACUGUUCCAAAUGCUCGGCCUGUUUCCAGAUGGAGUCAGAGAAAGUGACUUGAAUGUUCUCUGGGGAGAUGCCACAUGGAUACCAUGGAAAGAAGAACUCAUAAAAUCAAGCUUGUUACUCUAUAAAAUUAGCAAAAGAGGAGAGUUUAUAUUUAGUCUACAGCCAUAUAUGACAUUUCGUGCCUGUAAAAUGCUUGAUUCACAGCCUUUUCUCAAAUAUGAGUACCAUCAAAGAAGCUGAGACUUGCUAAAGGAUCUUUGUGAGGAAAUUUACCAUGAAAAGAAAACAUUAGCGACCAAAGAGAGAUUUAGUGCAAUGGAAGUUAAUAUCCUCGCAUGCAUCUACAGAGAUAUAGACAUUAGAUCUUGCAGAAGAAGUUCUCAGAGGCAAAUAAAUAGAGCAUCUAUUGGAACAGUCCUAAUGAAAAUUAUUCCCAGCAAAGAGACCAUAAAUUUCGACCAAGAUAGUCAAUCAGAUAUCGAUAGUUCAUAUGGAUUUCAGAGACUCAAUACCAUGAAGUCCAACUCUGCCUCUCUCAGUAACAUCGAAUUACUGAUUCUUUACUACAUCGUCAACCUGAUUCUCAACAAAUUCAUGAAGAACAACACAAUAUAUAAAAUCUGCCGCAACAAGUCCGAAAUGUCAAACCUCUUCCGAGCAAAUCUGUACAAAUUCAUUUCCUUCAUUCAGUUCUCACUUGGAGAUCCUUCAAACCUACAGUCUUCCCACAAAAUGGCUCUCAAAUCCAUCAACAUCUUUGCCAAGCUAGACUUCCAGCUGGCUGCCGAUGAAGUUUCAGGAUUCAUUACUGAUCAACUCAAACUCCCAGUUUCACCCGAUCCUGCAGUGUCAGAUCCCGCUAGCCUACUAACCCCAGAGCGAAAGCCAGCCCCUCGCACAAACCCAAUCAAAUUCGUGAAGGACCAGUAUUUAAGUGAGAUUGUAUUACUUAUAAUUUAG